AGCCAAAAUAUAAUUAUCAGCGGGCAUUUCAAAGGACUGAAGGAAGGGCGAAGCAAGUUGUCAAAAAUGGAUCAAAAUAACGAGAUGGAGGAGAAUUCAGCCAAAAGUGACGGUGCUUUCUCUGUCUGUGCUUGUUCGAGUAUGUUGGAGAAGCAGAAAAGGGUUUUGUGUGAUCUGAAAGACCAGGCUAACAUUCUGCCUAAGAAAGUCAAGACAGAAGAUGCCUCACAGGAUACUGAACACCUGCAUGAUUUCAAGGUUGAGUGCCAGCAAGUUGUGGAUGAAUUCAAGAAGCUGAAGUUUGCCUUUGUCCAUCUUCAGGGGCACAUCAAGCUGCUGGACUACUUGGCGAAUGUCCCCAAGGACCAGUGGCCCUCAGUAGCAUCUUGUGAUGAAGAAUCUAAGAAGAUUCGUCGACAGCUCAAAGACGCCAAGGGAGAGGCUAGUGAUCUCGAAGAACAUCUUCAGAACAUGAUGAAGUCAGUGCAGAACUGUCAAGAAAUGCUGGACACAAAACUGGCGUCAGUCACGAAGAUGAUGGAGAAAGUUGAAGGUGUAGCUACUCAGGUCCAGGAGAACACGAAAGGGAGGGGCGGGGCAGUAGAGGAACUGGAAGGCGGUGGGGUGACGCUGGAAAACUUCCAAGAUGAGAAUGCCAAACAGAUCUUUGACUUAAAGGCGGCAGAAGAGUUCUUGGCCCGCUAUCAACCCGCGAUGAAACGCCUCAAAGAGAGCACGGAAGCAAUCCGCAAGGACCAACAGGUGGCGCUGGAUGAAAAUAAGACAGUUAUGGAGAUGGUGUCACAACUUAUGGCCAAGAAACUAGACAGGGAACAGCAAGCUUCCGGCAAGAUGAAAUGGUGCGAAUCUGCCUCCAAAAUGUUGGCACAGCUGACCGGGGUAUCAGAGCGAUCUCUGGAUGAUAACUGCUGGAUCCUGGAGCUCACUGCAGACGGAUGUUCCUCGGUCAACAAGGACAGUCUGACGGCCGUACUGACCCUUCACUUCAAGCCAGGCCCGGACCCUUGGUCACCCAGGCAGAUCAGUGCCGCUUCGAUUGAUGUUGAUUCCCUGGACAUGUCGGACCUCGUUGAAGAAGCAGUGAGAAAGAAUGACGUUCCCUUCUUGGUAUCAUCAGUGAUGACCAGACUGAGAACCCACGCACCCCUCUACAUGGAAGUGGAACAGCUCCGACAUCAAUAUGCCAUCGACUGGGUUCCAGAAGAGGGCAUACUGAGGGUCAUAUUUGGGGACAGCGCCCAGAUUGUUUGCACCCUGUCCUUAUCAACCGGACCCCUGGGUACGACCUUAGCCCAGCUGAAAUCUCUUGAGGGCGUCAGGCAACACCCGCCGCUUGACCAAUUGAAGCCACCACAUGAAAAACCCAGGAUCUCUGAUUGGCUGGAGUACUUGCAAGAAGCCACAAAAAGCUUGUAGCGAUGAAGGUACUGAAACAGGAGUUUACGAAACUGUGGCUCUUUCUCCAGCUGCCUCUUCAAGAGUUUUCAGGCGUUUGAUUUAAGGAUCUCUGCCUGAAUAUUUGGCCAUUAAAGGUGUUUAAAUGAUUCCGAAGCUAGGGAUUAAUCCAAUGCUGAAAUGAAGCCGUGGUGUCAUAAAUGCCCAUAAACUUUGAGGACUGCUUCGUCCAUUGGCUCUUUCGCUCGUAUCCCCCCGCCCUGUAAACAGGGCGCUGGGAAGGGCUGAUGA